CGAUCUUUGUUCAGUUUAGCAAUUGGAAGGUGAAUGAUACGUAACAUCCGGCUCGACGGGUCUUGUAUCUUUGAAGUGGGUGAAAGGUGAAAGACGAAAAGUCGCUGCUGCUGUUUGCUGGAUUGUCUCACCUUUAAUAAACAUGCUGCAGAACACAGGGAAGCUCGCCGGCUGCACGCUCUUCAUCACAGGAGCGAGCCGGGGCAUCGGGAAAGCCAUCGCUCUGAAAGCCGCCCGUGAUGGGGCCAACAUCGUCAUCGCCGCCAAGACGGCUGAGCCUCACCCGAAGCUUCCUGGAACCAUCUUCACCGCCGCAGACGAAGUGGAGGCGGCCGGAGGGAAGGCGCUGCCCUGCGUCGUGGACAUCCGGGACGAGCAGCAGAUCGGAGCGGCUGUUCAGAAAGCCGUGGAAACGUUUGGAGGCAUUGACAUCUUGGUGAACAACGCCAGCGCCAUCAGUCUGACAGGAACCCUGGAGACGCCAAUGAAGAAGGUGGACCUGAUGCUGGGAAUCAACCUGAGAGGAACAUACCUGACAUCAAAGCUCGUCAUCCCUCACCUCCUGAAGAGCCGCAGUCCCCACAUCCUGAACCUUUCACCGCCACUCAACAUGAACCCCGUCUGGUUCAAGAAUCAUACUGCGUAUACGAUGGCGAAGUACGGGAUGUCGAUGUGUGUCCUUGGGAUGGCCGAAGAGUUCAGAGGUCAAAUUGCUGUCAACGCCCUCUGGCCUAAAACUGCCAUCCAGACAGCGGCCAUGGACAUGCUGGGAGGGGAAGGUGUAGGAAAACAGUGUCGUACGGCGGAUAUUAUAGCAGACGCCGCCUACGCCAUCCUGACCAAACCCAAGGAUUACACGGGUCGCUUCCUGGUGGACGAGGAUGUCCUCAGGGAGCUCGGCGUCAAAGACUUUGACCAGUACGCCGUCCAGCCAGGCCACCCUCUGCUGCCGGACUUCUUCCUGGAUGAAGCUCCAGAGAAUCUGGUCAAACACAUGGAGGAACACGGGGCAACGCCGGCCUUCAAACCCCCGUCCUCAGACACGCCCCGUUCUGGUGGACCAAUAGAAAGCACCUUUGACGUCAUCAGAGGAGUCCUGAAUGAAGACGUGGUGAAAUCGACGCAGGGCAUCUACCGCUUCGACCUGUCAGGAGAACACAGCGGCGUCUGGUUCCUUGACCUGAAGAGCGGCUCCGGGAGCGCAGGGAAAGGCGAACCCCCUGUCAAGGCUGAUGUCGUUAUGACGAUGGACUCCAGUGACUUCACUAAAAUGUUCUCAGGGAAGCUGAAGCCCACGAUGGCCUUCAUGUCCGGGAAGCUGCGGAUCAAAGGGGACAUGACGCUCGCCAUCAAACUGGAGAAGCUGAUGGGGCGCAUGAACAAGGCCAAACUGUGAGGCCCAAGCUCCGCCCACAGACCUGAGGCCCCGCCUCCUCAGGUCUGCUCUACAUGUUGCCUUAAUCAAAAACUGACACCCUGGUAGGAGGACGAGAGCCGUUGACAUGACGACGAAGGGGGUGUUGCCGUCCUGGAGCCGACCACAACGUAGGCAGAGGGCUCAUAACCGGUUUGAACCAGUUCUAGCCAGCUUGCUCCAGUCUGGAUCAGCUGUUUUUUAUCAUGACUGUAAUUUCUUCUCUGACUAACAUUCACCGUGUUGCUAUGGUAACAGACAUUAAAUAAAUCUAAUUUAAAGUG